CUCUGAGUGUUGCAAUGGCAGAGUUUCUGGAGGGGCGUGGAGAUCCCUUGCUCAAUGACCUGCCUGCCGUGUCACUCAGAGGACACAGCUACCAGGAAAGGCUUGGCUCACUUAGGGGUUCCCCAAGGGACCCUGGUGGCUCUGGCUUCUGACCUGGGCCUUCCCCUGAUGUGGGGAUAAGAACAAGCUCUGGAGGUCUCUGGCCCCUCCCAAGGACCAUGCCACAGCCCCACUGACCCAGGAGUAGGGGCCUGAGGGCAGGGCACGUGGAAUGGGCUGUGUGUUCUGCAAGAAGUUGGAGCUGGGGCCCAAGGAGGAUGGUGGCCUGGAAGAGGACUUCAGGGGCUACGGGGCUGCAGACGGCUGUGGCCCUGCCCCUACUCAGGGCUGGCCUGCAUCCUCCUUCGCCCAUAUCCCCAACUACAACAAUUUCUCCCCUCAGCCCGCCAGCCCCGCCUUCCUCAAUGGGGGCACCAUCAGGGGCAUCUCAGGGACUGGGGUGACCCUGUUCAUCGCCCUUUAUGACUAUGAGGCCCGAACAGAGGAUGACCUCACCUUCGCCAAGGGCGAGAAGUUCCACAUCCUGAACAACAUCGAGGGUGACUGGUGGGAGGCUCGGUCCCUCAGCUCUGGACAAGCUGGCUACAUUCCCAGCAACUACGUGGCCCCUGUGGACUCCAUCCAGGCUGAAGAGUGGUACUUUGGAAAGAUCGGGAGGAAGGACGCAGAGAGGCAGCUGCUCUCCCUGGGGAACCCCCGGGGGGCCUUUCUCAUUCGAGAGAGCGAGACCACCAAAGGCGCCUACUCCCUGUCCAUCCGGGAUUGGGACCAGGCCAGAGGCGAUCACGUGAAGCAUUACAAGAUCCGCAAGCUGGACACAGGUGGCUACUAUAUCACCACGAGGGCUCAGUUCGACUCGGUACAGGAGCUGGUGCAGCACUACCUUGAGGUGAACGAUGGGCUGUGCCACCUGCUCACAGCGGCCUGCACCACCGUGAAGCCGCAGACGCUGGGCCUGGCCAAGGACGCCUGGGAGAUCAGCCGCAGCUCCAUCGCGCUCGAGCGGCGGCUGGGUACCGGCUGCUUCGGGGAUGUGUGGCUGGGCAUGUGGAACGGCAGCACGAAGGUGGCGGUGAAGACGCUGAAGCCGGGCACCAUGUCCCCGAAGGCCUUCCUGGCGGAGGCGCAGAUCAUGAAGCUGCUGCGCCAUGACAAGCUGGUGCAGCUGUACGCAGUGGUGUCGCAGGAGCCCAUCUACAUCGUGACAGAAUUCCUGUGCCACGGUAGCUUGCUGGAGUUCCUCAAGGACCAGGAGGGCCGGGGUUUGAGGCUGCCCCAACUGGUGGACAUGGCAGCACAGGUAGCUGAGGGCAUGGCCUACAUGGAGCGCAUGAACUACAUCCACCGAGACCUGAGGGCAGCCAACAUCCUUGUGGGGGAGCGGCUGCUGUGCAAGAUUGCUGACUUUGGGCUGGCCCGUCUCAUCGAGGAUGAUGAAUACAACCCCCAGCAAGGGACCAAGUUCCCCAUCAAGUGGACAGCCCCAGAGGCUGCCCUCUUUGGCAGAUUCACCAUCAAGUCAGAUGUGUGGUCCUUUGGGAUCCUGCUCACUGAACUCAUCACCAAGGGCCGAGUCCCCUACGCAGGCAUGAAUAAACGGGAAGUGCUGGAACAGGUGGAGCAUGGCUACCACAUGCCGUGCCCCCCAGGCUGCCCAGCAUCCCUGUACGAGGUCAUGGAACACACCUGGCGUCUGGACCCGGAGGAAAGGCCUACCUUCGAGUACCUGCAGUCCUUCCUGGAGGAUUACUUCACCUCCACAGAACCCCAGUACCAGCCUGGGGAUGAGACAUAGCCUGUUCGGGCAUCAACCACCUCUCUGGGGGUGCACACCAGCCCUCCCAGUUGCCAGGGCUCUAGUCCCAAAGCCCCGCAGGCCUAGAACCCUAUAGAGUCCUAGCAUGUCAGAGCAAGCAAGUUGCUUUUGGCGUCAUCUAGGGCAACCCAUUCAUUUUAAAGAUGAGGCAAAUCAAGGCUCGGAGAUAAUCCCUCACCAAUUCUGGCCCCAAGCUCUAUUUCUCCCUUUCCCACUUCUGCCCCUGCAUGCCUCUAGUCUUCCUGUCUGCACUCCCCCCACAAAAGAAAUGCUCAGAUCUUGUCUAGUUAUUUAUAAAACUGUAUAUCCUUUCCCUCACUUAUCUCCUGUCCCUGCUUUCCUACCCUGUCAUCCCACCCUGGUCCUGGCCCCCAGAAUUCACCUCCUACUCAAUUCUCUCAUGUCUGUGAGUUACAAAGAGAGGGAAAGACUUUGCCGGAUCCCUUUCCCGCUGGGUGGAUUCUGUAGUCCAGGACUGAGGUCCAAGCCCAGGGUGAAGGAGAGUGUUGCUGGGGCUCAUCCCCUCUCUGAAUCAUGUGUGUGUUUACUGAUUUUGUAAAUAAGAAAAGUGACAGUGUGAAUCCUUGAGCCGUGAAAA